AUGGGCACGCCGCAAGACCACCUCCCGGCCGCCCUGUCCGACGACCAGAUCCAGGCCCUCAUGACGAGCCUCGCCCUGCCGCGCCCGACGUCCAUCGAGCCGCUGCAAGUCGCGGCCGCCUUCCACUCCAUCUACCUGGUGCACUUUACCGGCUCGUGCGCGGCGGCUCUGCGUCCGGCGCAGACGCGUAACCCCGAUGGUUCCGUGACGCUGGUACUGCGUGUCGCCGGCAGCCAUCUGCCGCGCACCAAGACGAUCAACGAGGUGGCCGUGAUGCGCUGGGUCGGCGAGCACACGAGCAUCCCCGUGCCGGCCAUGGUGCGCUUCGAUGCCUCCGAGGACAAUCCCGUCGGCCACGAGUUUACGCUGCUGGAGUGCGCGCCAGGGCGGAGCGUCGAUGCCCUCUAUCCCGGCAUGAGCGACGAGGCCAAGGAGGCGCUGGUUGAGCGGUUGACGGAUGUGCUGGUCGAGCUCAACGGCCACGAGUGGAGCCACGUCGGCGGCCUGCGCCUCACCCAUGACGGUGCCGUGGUCCCGGGCCCGGUCCUCGAGGAUACCUUCUGGAUGACGCCUGACAUUGCCGAGCACUGGGGGAGUGGCGAGACGGUCGCGACGCUCAACCCGACGGGGCCGUAUGAUUCCCACGCGGCCCUCGUGGCCGCCUACCUCGGCUGUUUUGCCCGCGCCAUCGACGCCCACGUCUCACUCGCCUGGUUGCGCGAGACGAGCCCCCGCUUGCGCGCGCUGGCGGACCAUGUCCUCCUCCCACAGGAGACCCCGUUAUCCUCGGCCCUGGCCUCGACCCGCCUCAUCCUUGCCCACAAGGACCUGCACCUGGCCAACGUCAUGGCCACGCCCGACGGUCGCCGGCUGACGGCCGUUCUGGACUGGGAGUUUGCCGGCGUGGUCCCUGCGCCGCGCUGGGACCCCGUCCGCGCCUUUCUCUGGGACGGACGGAGCAGCGGCGGAGGCGGCGAGGAGAAGGAGAGGAUGAGGCGGCUGUUUGAGCGGGCGCUGGAACGGAGGGGGGUUCGGCCGUGGUGGCUGGGUCGCGAGGAUGAAGACGCGGCCCAGAGGGUCGCUGAGCAUGUCUGGACUGUCGUGGGGCAUGCUAGGGCGUUGGUCGAAGUUUGUCCUAGGGGCCAGAGGAGCGACAAGGUCGACGGUUGGCGGAGGACGCUGGAGGAGGCGUUGACGAGGCUGGGGGUUUGA